GAACGCAGACAUAGUGUUUCUCCAAGAAACCCACUUAACCACUUUUGAUCAACCAAAACUCAGAGGGGGUUGGGUGGGACAAUUCUUCCAUUCAAACUUUCAUUCUAAAUCUAGAGGAACGGCCAUUUUAAUUAAAAACACAGUCUCCUUUAGUGCAUUAAAAGUAGAAGCUGAUUCAGCUGGGCAUUAUAUUGUAGUAGUGGAGAGGCUAAAUAAUAUUCCAGUUGUCCUGGCAAACGUACAUUGCUCAAAAAAAAUUAAGGGAACACUUUUAAAAAACAUCAUAUUUCAAUGUGGGGGAAAAACGAACUGGAUAUUUACAUUGAUAUGGACUGGAUAAUGUGUUAGGAAUGAAAAGAUGCCACAUUGUUUGAUGGAAACGAAAACUAUCAACUCCCAAGAGGGCAAAAUUCAAGACAGCCCAAAAUCAAACUGAAAAACUGAUGUGGCAGGCUGGUCCAUCUUUCUGAAAUUCCUUGGCAGUAACUCAAAAUGGUAUUCAGUAGUUUGUACGGCCUCCAUGUGCUUGUAUGCAUGACUGAAGAUGUCGGGACAAGCUCCUAAUGAGACGAUGGAUGGUGUCCUGGGGUAUCUCCUCCCAGAUCUGAACCAGGGCAUCACUGAGUUCCUGGACAACCUGGUGGUGUCGGAUGGAACAAAACAUAAUGUUCCAAAGGUGCUCUAUUGGAUUCAGGUCAGGUGAGCAUGGGGGCCAGCUAAUGGUAUCAUUUCCUUCAUCCUCCAGGAACUGCAUGAGUUCUCUUACCACAUAAAGCCGGGCAUUGUCGUGCACCAGAAGGAAUCCAGGACCACUGCACCAAUGUAGGGUCCAAAAAUGGGUCCAAGGACUUCAUCCUGAUACCUAAUGGCAGUCAGAAUUAGGGGAGGGUUAAAAAUAUCGAUAUUUCGAUAUUGUAUCGAUACACAUGUGUAGAAAUGAUAAUCGAUACAUAAAUCCCACUAUCGAUAUUUUAAAAUGCAAUAGAUUUUACCCGUUAGGUGUUUUUGUUUGGCUAACCUCUUUAGUCUCGCGUGGUUUCGUGCUUCGUGCACCAUUAACGCAGUCAGAUCUCGCGAGAUCCAGGCCAUCCGUGUCAGAGAGAACAACAAUGGCAGAGAAGGAAGAAGAACUUGUGACACUGGGAUAUUUAAAAGCCGAUGUUUGGCGGCAUUUUGGAUUCAAGAAAAGAGAAGGUCGCGAGGAACUGGACAAGAACAACGCUGUGUGCAAAAUAUGUGGAGGUGAAGUACAGUGGCAACACAACUAAUCUCCGGAGCCAUUUAAUCAGGCACCACCCGGAGCAUGCACAACAACCAGGUUAUGCUAACAGGUCACUGGCACUGACACAGCCGACGCUGGAAAAAGCAUUUGGGACGAAGUUUCCGUCCACGUCUCUGCGUGCAGAGAAAAUCACGUCGGCUCUGGCAAGUUUUAUCUGCAAGGAUCUCAGACCAUAUAGCGUGGUGGAAAAUGUAGGCUUCAGACAUUUUGUCCAUACACUGGAACCACAUUAUGUGAUACCAACACGUAAACAACUGAGUCAUGUCACAAUCCCGAAGAUGUAUGCUGAUGUUAAAAACAACAUCGCAACUGCACUGAAAUCAGCAGAGAGAGUUGCUGUCACUUGCGACAGCUGGACAAGCAGAGCUACGGAUUCUUAUCUAACCAUCACUUGUCACUACAUCGACGGUAACUGGUGCCUUGUGUCCCAUGUCAUACAAACACAGGCGAUUGAAGCCAGCCACACUGCAACUCAUCUUGCUGAGCUGCUGACCGAGGUGCUUCGAGAGUGGGAGCUCACGGACAGAGUCCCGGCUGCCGUUACCGACAACGCGGCCAACAUAGUCCGGGCAAUGGCUUCAAUGGGGCUGUUGCAUGUGGGCUGUUUUGCCCACACGCUCAACUUAGCCUCCCAAGCAGCACUCAAAAUACCCUCUGUUGCCCGACUGAUGGGCCGAGUGAGGCGAAUUGCAGCCUUCUUCCAUCGCAGCACAACGGUGAGUCACAUGCUUAAAGAAAAGCAAAAGCUUCUGAACCUGUGUCAACACAAGUUGGUGAUCGACGUGGUGACCUGCUGGAACAGCUCCCUGGACAUGCUGGAGCGCUUUUUGGAGAAACAACCAGCAAUCACAGGUGAAUAUACCAUUACCAAUCUUUGUCUUUGUUAUCCAUUUUAAAAACUUGUUUGUUCUCAUGUUGUAUUUUGAUCACUGUGAAGCAUUAUGACUAGAAAGGAGCUAUAUAAAUAAACUUAAUUCCUAAAGUUCAUUCAUAGUACUGUGCUGACCCUAGGUGGACGGUGUGUGUGACCGCAGGGUGUCGGCCUCAUGUCCGCUCAGACAGAGAGACAGACAGACAGACAAAGACUAUGUGCCUGUGGCAAAGAUGGAUUUCAAUUUAAUGUAUAUUAAUUGGACAAUAAAGUUUUUCUUAUCUUAUCACAGCAACGCUGCUCUCACCUGAAGUGCGCAGGAAUGAACGAGACCUCUGCACCCUAACAGAGGCUGACGUGACACUAGCAGAAGAUAUUGUGAAAGCUCUCCAACCACUGAAGACAGCCACACUGGUCAUGUCCGAAGAGAUGACUCCAACACUCUCCGUCAUUGCACCCAUGCACGCUCGGCUAUUGGAUCAGAUGACCAGUGUCCCCGACGACUCACCCGUGAUUAAGGAGCUCAAGACUGCUGUGCACGUCAACUUGAGUUCAAGAUACAAGGCACUAAAAGAGACACUUUAUGAAGCGUCAGCUCUUGAUCCUCGCUUCAAGACUCUGCCCUUCUUAUCUCAAGAAGCCUGUGAUGACACCUUCGCUAGGCUGACUACAAUCUUGACGGAAGCUGCUCAUCUGGAGCAAGUGGAGGCACCUGAUGUAAGUUAAUGAGUUGUAAUGUACGUUACUACAGUAUUUGUAUAUAUACACACACAGGCACGUAUGCACAAUUAAUUUAUUAUCCUGAUCAUGAAUAUUUAUCUUUACACAGCCACAAGCUGAUGGAGCUGCUGUUUCUGCACAGCAGGAAGACAACUCCCUUGCUGCUGAUGCUGCUGAUCCUCCCCCAACAAAGGGGUCCAAGGAGCCUUCUUCUGUGCUCUCCUGGGUCCAGCCGACAAGCCAAAAGAACCAGCUGUACCAGUGAGAAGUGCAGCUGAGAAGGCAAACGAUGAAGUAAAAGGAUACAGAGAAGUAGAGCCUCUCCCACUCUCUGCAAAUCCACUGAGCUGGUGGAUGAAGCAUGAGGAGAGCUACCCUCUUUUAGCUCGCCAAGCGAAGUGUUAUCUUUGUGUGCCUGGAACCAGUGUCCCUUCAGAGAGGGUAUUUUCAACUGUUGGUGACAUUAUUACAGCAAAAAGGAGCUGCCUCACUCCAGAGCGUGUUGAUCAGCUGCUGUUCCUGCAGAAAAAUCUUACAGUACCCAGCAAGU